AUGGAGAGUAAAAGAAGUGUAAAGGUGGAGGAUUUGAACCCGUCAUCUUCAUCAUUUUCGGAUCAUAAUCUGGUGGGUGGUAAUAAUUCACACAGGGGUUUGGAGGAUUACUCGGUUGAUGGUGAAAAUGGGUCAUUAGGUUUCAUGGAGUUACUAGGGGUUCAAGCUUUUGGCCCUUCAGUUCUUGAUAUGUUACCGGUACUCCCAAAUCAGAACCGGACUUGUACAGUUGAUCAAGACUCAUCAGAGGUGGUGAAUACACCUGCAACACCGAUUCUUUCUUCUAUUUCUUCAGAAUCUAGUGGUGCUGGUGGACCAAAUGAUGAACAGACUAAAGAAGUGCUAGACGAAGUAGAUGAAGAAGAAGAAGAACAGAAGCAGAAGACUAAGAAACAGUUGAAACCCAAGAACAUGAGUCAGAAAAGGCAGAGAGAGCAAAGAUUUGCUUUCAUGACAAGGAGCGAAGUCGAUCAUCUGGAAGAUGGCUACAGAUGGAGGAAGUACGGCCAAAAAGCUGUAAAAAAUAGCCCAUUUCCUAGGAGCUACUAUAGGUGCACUAAUGCUUCGUGUAGUGUGAAGAAAAGAAUAGAACGAUGUUUGUAUGAUCCAACCAUAGUCAUGACUACAUAUGAAGGCCAACACACUCAUCCAAGUCCGUUGAUGUCUCGAGCAAACCCUGCGGCUGAACUGAUGCCGCGCUCGAAAUUCUCUACUGGUGAAUCGGCCGCUAUCUUUGUGCCAUCGCCACUGCAAAUGAGUUUAUCAUCAGCUGCAGCUGAAUAUCAAGUCCAUUGCAACUACUCUACGCCAUUGAAUUUUGGUUUUAUGGGUUCUACAAAUAUCAACAGUGCUGCAAGUGCACACCAGAAGCGCAUUUGCACUCCACCUUCUGCUUUGAUAACAGAUUAUGGGCUUCUUCAAGAUAUUGUGCCCUCCAUUGUGAGAAAGGAAGAGUAA